UUCCGCUCCAAACUACGCACUUCUCUAGGUAAGAAGGGAACUUCCGGAAGGUACCAGAAAAGUGAAACUACUCGUUGAUCCUGACUCAGAGAAGUUACCAGAGUGAAGCACAGAGAUUCUUAAUAUAAUGAAGAUAUCAUGAAAUAAUUCCUUCAAUGGCAAUGGGUAUGAGAGAGGGAAUAGUAGUUAAGUUACAGCGUUCAGGUUCUGGCAAGGUGGUAGAAUUAGUGGCCACACAAGAUUCUAAAUUGGACAUGGGCAGUAUUGCUGCCACCUUUGGAUUGAACCCACUCAGCCUUAAUUUGAAUGGCCUCUAUAUUAGUAGGGGCCCUGAUUUCAUCUCCUCCUGCCUCACCUGGAACGAUGUUCUUCGUUACUUUGCCAACAAGGGCUACCCCACUGGCAUCUCCCAUCAACACCCAAUAAUUGUGGAUGGCAAUACCUGUCAAGGAUCACGCUUCAAUUUCAAUUGCUCUGGGGACUCGAACCCUACAAAUUCUAAAGCAAUGGCCAUUGGUGAUAAAAGAAAAAUGUCGUGGGAGGGUUCCACAAGUGCCAACAUGCCGAAGAAAAGAAAGACCAUAGAAGACAAUGUUGUUGGGUCACUUACGAUAAGCAAGACCAUAGAAGACAUUGGGACAAAUGAUAAGCAUUCCCAAGACUUUGGAGGGAAAUAUGAUAACUGCUAUACCAAAAGGGGUCGUGAUGAAGAUCUUGGGGAAAUGCAUGCAAAAGAGAAAAAGAGGUGAUCUCAAUAUUCUUGUGAUGUGCACUCCAAAUCUCGUGCAGAUGAGAAGAAAAUAGUAUGGGAUGGUGGGAAUUCUCUGAGUGUAUAAUAUGGAGAUGAAAAAUUGAUAUAGAAACGUUUUAGCAGCUUUUCCUUGUUAAAAACUGAGAUAACUAGACACAAUUCAUUGGCAUUUCUCUGUGUCAAGUGAAUUAUUGGGAAAUGAGAUGUUUUUGAAUGCAACAAGCGUUUGUCAUUCAUUGAAAGCUGCGAUCAGACAAUCUAUUGUGCAAGUGCUUGGAAAAUCAUUUGUUCUUCCUCAAAUAUGAGAUUCCACUCCACAUUGAUGCAGUGCAGUGGUUGUCCAUGGCAACUUUUCUGACCUGUCUAAUUCAAUUGUAUAUAAGAUGAAACCUAAUUUUAAAGAAGUGAUAGCCUGUUAAAUUUCCUGUGAAAAGCAUGAUCUAUUUUCCAGUACUUGUAUAUUAGAAUUGUUGAAAGAUUUAAUAUAAAAUUUUCCUUUUUAGAAUUCUUCAA